UUCUGUUUCUCUCUCCGCCUUCAACCUUUGCAUUCGCUGCUCUUCUCAUUGUUCUUUGGUCUCUCUUUUUCUUAAAAUAAAUCAAUUUUCCUUAACCGUAAAACGAAGGAAGAGAUCGAAACAGCGUAAGCGUGUAAUAGAGGAAAGAUAAGGGAAUAAUAAGAGGGGAAAAUGGUUUUAAAAUUCGUGGAAGAUGAUGAUUUGGUGGAGAUGAACUUCGUAAUCGUUCAUAGAGGUCCCUCUUCAUCUCGAUUCCUCGAUGCUUAUCCCAAAAGGGUUUUGAUGGAGGGGAGAUCAUGUGGUGAUUGAUAUGAUGAAGAUGAUGAUGAUGAAGGUGUUCAUAAGAUUGUUAUUUAGUUGAAUUCUUAGUUUAUGGAUAACAAUGGAACAAAUUAAUCCACCAGCAACAGUACCUACCUUCUCCAGCCGGAUAACCUGAAACGGGAGAUUCUUUGCUCACAGCCUUGUCAAUGGAGAAUCAUCAUCCUUCCACUCUCUUAUCUAUGGAUUCAAGUGCUUCCUCCCAUGAUGAAUUGGAUUUGGAAAUGAAUAGGCUGAUCGUUCUUUCUCGGCCACCUGACAUCAAUUUGCCUCUCUCCGCCGAGCUUAGCCCUCCCCCGCAGUCGUGGAACUCGUUGGACCAUUGUGAUAUUUUGGAUGUUGGUCUUGGUUCACAAGUUUAUGAGACCGAGAGCUACCUCACUGCACCCAAGACGGGACGAAAAUUUGCCAAGCGGGUGGAUAGCAUAUGGGGUGCUUGGUUGUUCUUUAGUUUUUACUUUAAACCUGCUUUGAAUGACAAAUCGAAGGGCAAGAUUAUUCGCGACAGCAACGGUGUUUCUGGUUUUGAUAAAUCGGAUCUGAAGUUGGAUAUUUUUAUGGUUCAGCACGACAUGGAGAAUAUGUACAUGUGGGUUUUCAAGGAGAGACCCGAGAACGCACUGGGUAAGAUGCAGCUCCGAAGCUACAUGAAUGGCCAUUCUCGUCAGGGAGAGCGCCCGUUUCCGUUUAGUGUGGACAAGGGAUUUGUCCGUUCACACAGGAUGCAACGGAAGCAUUACAGAGGAUUGUCGAACCCUCAGUGUGUACAUGGGAUCGAGGUUGUUCCAUCGCCGAAUCUCAUGGCUCUCAGCGAGGACGAUCGGAAAAGGUGGACAGAGGUUACUGGAAGGGAUAUAAACUUUACAAUUCCACCUGAGGCUAGCGACUUUAGUUCGUGGAGGAACCUCCCAAACACGGAUUUUGAGCUAGAGAGGCCUGUUCCUCCCCCUUCGAUAAAGAGUGCUGCAAAUUCUCACUCGAAAAAGCUGCUUAAUGGAUCUGGCCUCAAUUUGUCUACUCAGCCACCUAGCCAUAGCAAUGGCGAUGGGAUGGACUUAUCACUUGUCAGCAGCAAAAGGAGGAAAGAACUUUUUCCGCAUGGAAAUGAUGAGGUUUGCUAUUUGUCCGCCAUUCCUCCGUCCGAUAUGGAAAUUCAUUCCAGCGAGCAACACUGGUUAAACGACGUGAGCGGGGUAAUGAAAAAUGUGUACGGGCCUGUAACUGCCGCAAAAACCAUCUACGAAGAUGAAGCGGGUUACUUGAUCAUUAUAAGCUUGCCUUUUGUUGAUCUUCAAAGGGUGAAGGUCUCUUGGAGGAAUACUCUGACACAUGGUAUCAUAAAGAUAUCUUGUGUGAGCACAUCCGGCAUGCCGUUCAUCAAGAGACACAAUCGGACCUUCAAACUGACGGAUCCGUGUUCUGAGCAUUGCCCGCCUGGGGAAUUCGUUAGAGAGAUCCCAUUGUCGACUCGAAUCCCCGAAGAUGCUAACAUAGAAGCAUAUCAUGAUGGGUCGGGAUCUGUCCUCGAGAUUAUGGUGCCGAAACUGAGAGAGGCGACCGAAGAGCACGAAGUACUGGUGUGCCUCCGGCCAAAGCUUGUUGGGAGUGAUCUCAUGUUGACAUGAAGUAACAAUGAAUUAUAAAAAGGGUGUUUGGGAUGAUUGAUUGGUGCUUUUACUAACAUUGUAUCAUACAGUGUAAUCUAUGAAACAAAAUCUGCGUCUCAGAUUUGGCUUU